UUCACAAGUUGAGUCCCUCAAGACUUCUGAACGACAACAGGCCACACAUACUUCAUCCAAAGAGGACGCAUUGGUUUUGCACUUAUUGUUUUGUUAGUUUAGGAACGUAACAGGUGAAAUAUAGGCUGCUGUGAGUGUAUAGACAAGGUCAGUGUUGCCAAUGGAUACGUUCAAAGACGACUAGUAAGACUAGUAAAGAGAAAUGCUUGGUAGGUUUUCUUUAGAUAGCAGAUACGCAGUGGAUGGAAGUAACAGUUUGUUAAAAUGCCAUAUAAUUAAUAAUAAUAGAUCGAGAGAAUAUAUUUUUUAGAUAUAUGGUCUGGUGAUUCUUAGAAAGAGGGAUGGACAGAACGAAGUAAUACGCGUUCCGUGGCGUGGACUUCUGUGAGCUGGCGCUUAAUGCUGCGCUAACACUCAUUAGUUUGGAGGCGCUGCAUCAUCAUGGUGGUCGAGAGGACACUUCUCGCAGCGAGGCAAGGGGAUGUGCAAACUCUGAAAGUACAGUUAGCGGAGAAGGUGCUCAACAGCGAUGUGAAGGAUGUGCUGGGAGCGACUCCCGUACACCACGCCGCGCGAGCGGGGAAGCUCACCUGCCUGCGGUAUUUGGUUGAGGAAGCGGGUUUACCGGCGAGCAGCCUGGCGAGAAACGGCGCAAGCCCUGCGCAUGACGCCGCAGCCACGGGAAACCUGAGCUGCCUUCAGUGGCUCGUGACGCACGGAGGAUGUCGAGCGGCCGGUAAGGACAGCUCAGGGGCGACUGUCCUGCACCUGGCGUCCCGCUUCAGCCAUCAUGAGAUCAUUGAUUGGCUGCUGAAGAGCGGGGAAGGGGAUCCUACUGUUGCCACGGAUACGGGGGCGUUGCCUGUUCAUUAUGCUGCAGCUAAAGGGGACUUACCCUCGCUCAGACUGCUCCUGGAGCACAGCCCACAAGUUGUCAAUUUCCAAACGAAGAAUGGUGCCACACCACUAUACCUUGCAUGUCAGGAGGGCCACCUGGAAGUCGUCCAGUACCUAGUGAAGGACUGCGGGGCGGAGCCAAGUAUCAGAGCCAAUGAUGGGAUGACACCGUUGCACGCUGCUGCCCAGAUGGGACACAACACUGUCAUUGUCUGGCUGAUGAGUUUCACAGAAAUCAGCCUGUCUGACAGAGACAAUGAUGGGGCCACUGCCAUGCACUUUGCUGCCAGCCGCGGCCAUGCUAAGGUCCUCAGCUGGCUGCUGCUUCACGGCGGGGAGAUAGUGAUGGACAGCUGGGGCGGGACACCUCUUCAUGACGCAGCCGAGAACGGAGAGCUGGAGUGCUGUCAGAUUCUGGUAGUGAACGGCGUGGACAUGGGGAUACGGGACCAGGAUGGGUUCUCAGCAGCAGACCUGGCUGAAUACAACGGGCAUCAGCAGUGUGCCAAGUACCUCCGCACUGUUGAAAACAUGAGUGUGGAGCACCGAGUCUUGUCCCGGGACCCUUCAGCAGAUCUGGAGUAUAAGCAGCCGGACUCAGGCCUCUCCUCUCCGAAUGCCACCCUGCCCACCCCAGCCCCCACCGCGGCCCAUUUCGACAUCUGCUCCCCCUCCAGCUCGCUGUCCAAUUAUGACUCAGCCAACUCCAGCCAAUCCAGUACUGGAGAGAAGAGGAGCGGCACGCCUCCCUCCCGAGCACCCACAGGAGGUGAAGACUCGGUCAUUACAGACAUGCAGGCCUAUAUGGACAUGCUGAACCCUGAUGUCGCAGACAGCUCCCAGAAUGCAAAGGAACAUCCUGCACACCUGCCGCCCCCUCCAACAUUUCCCCCUCCCCCUCCUCCAUCAGACUCCUCCCACACACCCCCUCCCCCACCUGCCUACCCCCCACCCAAACCACCGGAGGAGGAGGAGUCUGCCGAGUACCUGAAGGUGAAGAGGAACCUUCGCCGAGUGGACAAUGAUGUGGUCAAAAAAGAGCAGCUGAAUCCUGGCGAGGGCCACGAAAGGCUUCGAAGAGUCGACUCUAAUCGAAAGUCCCGCAGCUUCAGCAAGCAGCCCAGCACUGGGGAUUACUACAAAACCCUGGGUAGUGAUCCCGCAGACCAGCACCCCAACAGAGCCAUGGCACCCAACGAGGAGGGUUCUGCACUGUUGGAGGACGCAGCAGACACAGCGCCUGCUCCGGAGAACGGGACGGGAAACACUGAGGAUCUACCCCUUCCUCCUCCACCACCUCCCCCACCUGCCAGCACCUUCAUCCCUCCUCCUCCUCCUCCUCCACCUCUUCCAUCAGAGCUGCCCCCUCCUCCUCCACCCAGCAGCAGCGCACCGGCCCCUGCCCAGCGCCGCAUGUCUUCCUCCUCCAGCAAAGGGGAUCUCUCCUCUUCUCAUCUGUCUCCCUCUGUCGCCCCUGCUCCAGAAACUCUCCGGCAGAGGAAGAGCAAUAAAUCCUUCAACAUGAUGUCCCCCACUGGAGAUAAUUCUGAGCUUCUGGCCGAAAUUAAAGCUGGGCCAAAACUGAAGCCAACACCUCAGAGUAAAGGCUACACGACCGUCUUCUCUAACAGCGGCACAGCGGGGAACAAUGAGGAACGUCCGUCAUCGCCGCCAGAGCCUCUGCCAAAACCCCAGCCCAACAACACCCAAUCUGCAAAACCAGAGUCUCCACCGCCUGCUUGCCCACCCACUCCACCCACUCCACCCGCUCCCACGACCAGCGGAGGGUCGCCCCAGAACCUGUCCACCUCACAGAGCAGCGAGAAGCUCACAACUGCUGUCAACGGAAACACUCCUGCUGUCCAGUGCAAGUCCAGCGUGGUGGACGUAGAGAGCCUGGUGCCCACACACGACGAGCAGGGCCGGCCCAUCCCAGAGUGGAAGAGACAGGUGAUGGUGAGGAAACUACAAGUGAAGAUGCAGGAGGAGGAAGAGAACAAGAGAAAGGUUGAAGAAGAGGCGGCCCGUUUGGCUUCAUUGCCUGCCUGGAGGAGAGAUAUCAUGAAGAAAAAGAUGGAAGAAGAGAAUGAUAAGACGGAACAGAAAAGGAAAGAGGAGGAGCAGCGGCGAAUGGAAAAGGAGAGCGAGGAGAAGUCGGAGCUGGAGCGACUACGAACGCUGGGCUAUGACGAAACCAAGCUGGCACCGUGGCAGCGGCAGAUUAUUUUAAAGAAAGGCGACAUAGCGAAACAGUAGUAAACUCCCAGUCACCCCCUCCCCGCUCGUAUAAAUGUAGGACACUGUCCAGAGUCUGCCAGACCCUUUAGACACAGACCACGCGUGGGUCACCAGACAGCGUUCUGCAUCACUUCGUCUGAGCUCUGAAGAUGCACUGUACCGUUAAAGAGAAAAAAAAAAAUGAAUCAAACUAAUGUUUUUACUGUGGUCAGGUCUUAUGCAUAAGAUUGUUAGUCAUUUGUUUCAUUUCCAGACAUUUGCAGCAUUCCCCACCUGAUCCAUUCGCUUGUUAUACAUCUCAUGUGAAAUCUCUAGUAAUAUUGUCAAUUAUAAAUAGAAAAUAUAUGUCAAGGAAAUCACAUGUACUUUGCUUGAAACCUUUUUUAUUAUUAUUUACUUUAUGUAAUCUGUUAAAAUAGUCCUGGACAGGUGUUAUGGCACAAUGUAUUCUUACAUAAAGUAAGUGACGCUUUGUGUUAUGGUGCAUCUAUGUUUCUCACAUAAAAAAUGCAAUUUGGAAAUGAUACAUUAUGUAUAGAAACAAAUGCAGAAAUAGUUUACCAGUAGUCUCUUUGCACUGUACAUAUACAUGUUUCACCAAAAGGUGGCGUCAGAGAGCACAACUUAUAAUAGUCUAUAGCUAACAAACUCAGAAUGUAUUUCAGAUCUAGAUAAUAACAGCCACCUACGAAAACACAUUAUGAAAUUAAAGUGAAACCCAUAAGAGCACAAGAAAAGCCAAUGUCUUAAUAUUCUAUUGCAUCUGAUGGUCUAAGUAAAAAAACCCUGUCACCCUUUGUGCUGAGAUUUACACGGGACAUUGUCAGGGAAAUGAUGUCAAUUAAAGUGUCAUGAAACCAUGACAGUGUAUUCAGCCAUGCUGCGCUCCCCAAUAAUGAAGCUGUCUUUUCCUUCUCUGCUGGGCAACUGUAGCUUGUUGUUUAUUGUUAAUGUAUUUAGAGUAACUAGACAUCAGAGAAGUGCCGGAUGUGAAACUGUAUGUGAGUGUGUGUGUGUGCAUGUGUGAAAGUAUAUGUGUGUGUGCAUAUUUACACAUGCAUAUAAACGUAAUUUGUCUAUCUUGUGUCAGUCACUGUGCAAUGGGUAGAGUUUAUGUAUAG